GGGGAGAGAAGGCGGGGGGCUGGCUUCUAACUUCAGGAAAGUCUUUCCAGGUAGGCGAGAGCGCAAAGGGUCGGCUCGGCGCAAGGGAUUAUGUCAUUGCGGCGGAGAGGCAGGGAGUCCAAAGCGCUUCCUCCGCUGGCUGAUUGACAGCCCCUCGCCUGGCCCAGGAGCCUAUAUAAAGCGGGCCAGCAAACGGCUGGGAAGCCACUUGAAAGGCAUCCCAGCCCAAGGCGAAGCGAAGCAAAGCGCUUUCCCUUUUCCAGACUCCUGCCAGGGAACAUCCUUGGAAGGACCGGCUUGGCGCGGCACCCUCCUUCUUCCACGCACGCUUGCUUUUAAAAGAAGCCCAUUAUCCUCUUCUGGGGCUGGACUGGGAAGCUACAGCACUUCAGAGGCUCCCUGGAAACGUCGGAGACCAGGCAUUAUGUUACACCGGAGUUGGCUACUGUGGCUAACAAUCUUGUUAACUUUGUGGAUUUCAUCAGAGGCUCAAGAUGAACAUGGAGAUGAAACCACAUUUGACUUGAUGCAGAUCAGCAACAUCAACAGGAAGACCAUUGGAGCAAAAGCAUUCAGGGGUAAUAUUUCUGGGGUUCCAGCAUACCGCUUCAUCCGGUUUGAUCAUAUACCUCCACUUAACUCUGAGAAAUUAAAACAGAUUGUUAAACUGAUCCAACAAAAUGAAGGAUUCAUUCUUACUGCCACCUUCAGGCAAGACAGGGACUCCAGGGGCACCAUCAUUGCUUUGGAAGGCCCUGGCAUCUCUCAGAGGCAAUUUGAAAUUAUUUCCAAUGGCCGAGACAAUACACUUGAGCUUUCUUAUUGGGUAGAUGAUUUCCGGAAGGGGUAUCCUUUGGAAGAUGUGGACCUAGCUGAUCUACAAUGGAAAAAUAUAACUAUACAAGUAACAGGAGAAAGCUACAGUCUGUAUGUUGGAUGUGACCUCAUUGACAGCUUAAGCCUGGAGGAGCCCUUUUAUGAAAACCUGAAAGCAGAGAAAAGUAGAAUGUAUGUGGUGAAAGGAUCUACAAGAGAGAACCACUUCCGGGGUCUCAUACAAAAUAUUCAUCUGAUUUUUGGAACUUCAGUAGAGGAUGUGUUACAUAACAAAGGAUGCCAGAAGAGCCAAUCAGCUGAAGUGAACACCAUCAAUGAGAGCACAGAAAUCCUUCACCUCACCCCUUCGGUCAUGACAGAAUACAUUGGGGACAACACUGAGAAGAAGCCAGAAUUCUGUGAUCGCUCUUGUGAAGAGCUUGGGUCUAUGUUUACUGAACUCACUGGGUUGCGCAUUGUUGUCAACGGCUUAACUGAAAAGUUAGAAAAAGUGUCUGAAGUGAAUGAAAAAAUUGUGUCAGAAUUGCUUGGCCCCAACAAGACCCUGAAGAACCAGUCAGCAUGUUGGCAAGAUGGUCGUGAAUUUGUAAACAAUUCACACUGGGUGGUGGACAGCUGUACAAAAUGUCACUGUCAGAACUCUAAAACAGUAUGCAAUAAAAUCACAUGCCCGGCAGUGCACUGUGUCAGCCCAUCUUUCAUUGAUGGCGAGUGUUGUCCUGUGUGCUCCCACUCUGAUGACAGUGAAGAAGGCUGGUCCCCUUGGUCUGAGUGGACAGAAUGCUCUGUCACAUGUGGAUCUGGAACCCAACAGCGAGGGAGGUCAUGUGAUGUCACCAGUAACACUUGUCGAGGCCCCUCCAUUCAAACCAGGACAUGUUCUCUUGGCAAAUGUGACAAUCGUAUACGUCAAGAUGGGGGCUGGAGCCACUGGUCUCCUUGGUCUUCCUGUUCUGUGACCUGUGGAGUAGGCAACAUAACUCGCAUACGUCUCUGCAACUCCCCUAUCCCACAGAUGGGUGGGAAAGGCUGCAAAGGAAGUGGGCGUGAAACCAAAGAAUGUGAAGGACCACCAUGUCCAAUUAAUGGUCGAUGGAGCCCUUGGUCUCCCUGGUCUGCUUGUACAGUUACAUGUGGAGGAGGGAUUCAUGAGAGAUCUCGUCUCUGCAAUAGCCCAGAACCUCAGUACGGAGGAAAACCCUGUAUGGGAGAUGUCAUACAGCGAGAUAUGUGCAAUAAACAGGACUGUCCAAUAGAUGGAUGCUUGUCAAACCCUUGCUUCCCAGGAGCAGAAUGCAACAGCUACCCUGAUGGUUCUUGGUCUUGCGGUGCAUGCCCUGCUGGAUAUCUUGGAAAUGGAACAUUCUGUGAGGACCUUGAUGAGUGUGCAGUAGUGCCAGAUGUUUGCUUUAAGUUAAAUCAGAACCACCGUUGUGUAAACACAAAUCCAGGAUUCCAUUGCUUGCCUUGCCCUCCACGCUACAAAGGAACUCAGCCAUAUGGGGUAGGCCUGGAGGCUGCCAGGGCGGAAAAACAAGUAUGUGAACCAGCCAAUCCUUGUAAAGACAAAACACACAAUUGCCACAGGUCUGCAGAGUGCAUCUAUUUGGGCCAUUUCAGUGACCCCAUGUACAAGUGUGAAUGCAGGACAGGCUAUGCUGGUGAUGGGUUCAUUUGUGGCGAAGACUCUGACCUGGAUGGAUGGCCUAAUAAUAACCUGGUCUGUGCUGCAAAUGCUACUUAUCACUGCAUGAAGGAUAAUUGUCCUCUGUUACCUAAUUCUGGACAAGAAGAUUUUGAUAAAGAUGGAAAAGGUGAUGCCUGUGAUGAAGAUGACGACAAUGAUGGUGUAGAGGAUGAUAAAGAUAACUGUCCCCUCCUUUUUAAUCCCCGUCAAUUUGACUAUGAUAAAGAUGAAGUUGGUGACCGUUGUGAUAACUGCCCUUAUGUUCAUAAUCCUGCUCAAAUUGACACUGAUAAUAAUGGCGAGGGUGAUGCAUGUGCAGUGGAUAUUGAUGGAGAUGAUGUUUUCAAUGCGCGAGAUAACUGCCCAUAUGUCUACAACACUGAUCAAACAGAUACAGAUGGAGAUGGAGUUGGUGAUCAAUGUGACAACUGUCCUCUGGUUCACAAUCCUGAUCAGACUGAUGUCGAUAAUGAUCUGGUUGGUGACCAAUGUGACAACAAUGAGGACAUUGAUGAAGAUGGUCACCAGAACAACAAAGACAACUGUCCGUACAUUUCUAAUGCCAAUCAGGCAGAUCAUGAUAAGGAUGGGAAAGGAGAUGCUUGUGAUCCUGAUGACGACAAUGAUGGUAUUCCAGAUGACAGGGACAAUUGCCGUCUCACAUUUAACCCAGACCAGAAGGACUCUGAUGGUGAUGGCCGAGGUGACAUCUGCAAAGAUGACUUUGACAAUGACAAAGUCCCAGAUAUUUAUGAUGUGUGUCCUGAAAAUGAUGCCAUUAGUGAAACUGAUUUCAGAAAGUUCCAGAUGGUGCCCCUGGACCCUAAAGGAACAACGCAGAUUGAUCCAAACUGGGUCAUUCGUCAUCAGGGCAAAGAACUUGUACAGACGGCUAACUCAGACCCUGGCAUUGCUGUUGGUUAUGAUGAAUUCAGUUCUGUUGACUUCAGUGGUACAUUUUAUGUCAAUACGGACCGGGAUGAUGAUUAUGCUGGAUUUGUCUUUGCUUACCAGUCUAGCAGUCGCUUCUAUGUCCUGAUGUGGAAACAAGUUACUCAGACAUAUUGGGAAGACAAGCCCACUAGGGCUUAUGGUUAUUCAGGAGUAUCACUUAAAGUAGUGAACUCCACAACCGGCACUGGUGAACAUUUGAGAAAUGCUCUUUGGCAUACUGGAAACACAGCUGGACAGGUGCGUACAUUGUGGCACGACCCCAAGAAUAUUGGCUGGAAAGAUUACACUGCAUACAGGUGGCAUUUGAUCCACAGACCUAAGACAGGAUUAAUAAAAGUUUUAGUAUAUGAAGGGAAGCAAGUCAUGGCAGAUUCUGGACCCAUCUAUGACAAGACUUAUGCUGGCGGGAGGUUAGGUUUAUUUGUCUUUUCACAAGAGAUGGUGUACUUCUCUGACCUCAAGUAUGAAUGUAGAGAUGCCUGAGCAAAAGCUGCUUCAUAACCAGCAAAGUACUGUAGAUCCCAUUCAACAUAGACACCUCUGUAUAUCCUGGUACUCCAAACCCCUCACUCAUUUUUCAACUUGGCCUCCGGUAUGUUUCCCUGACUAUGUGCCUCCCUGCUGCCUAAGGGGAGCCCUCCAAUCCUACACCUAAGUGCCUUCUAAGAACCUGGGCUGAAAGGGCCUACAAGAGACCAUCAAACCCACCACUGAAGGAAACCAGAAUGCUAUGGAGAGUGAAAACUUGGCAGACAUGUUUGUUCAUUUUCUUUUUCUCUGAUGACGUUUACAGUUAAAUUGUAAAAGUGUAAUUACUUAAUGUACAUAUAGAUAUAUUAUAGAUAUGGUGGGAUGUGAAGUUGUGUGGGAAGACUGAUGUGAAGAAGUUUUUGGUCAUUAGAAGGCAGGCCACAUUUUUAGCCAACAUUGUUCAGAUCGAGGCUGGGCCUUGGUGAUAAAAUAGUUCGGGAGAUAAAUUUCAGCCCAGUUUAAAAAGGAAUAAACACUACCUUCCUAACCAAGAAGCCAUGAGAAAUGAAAGCACGGGCUAAGUUUAAAUAUGAUUUCAUGAACUAUUGAUUUUCUAGCACAUUUUAAGAUGGAGUUUGGGUUGUGAAUCUUUGCUUCCUUUGUUCUCAUAUAUGAGAUGAAACAUUUCACAGGUUUUCUCUCCAAGUGAGAUUAUGUAAUUGUUUUGUACAUUUUGGAUCAUUUUUCACAUGGGAGUUGGUUUGGUGAAAAAUUUGUGAUAUUUUGU